GGAACAGAACACUAGCAGCGUGCGUAGACUAUGCAUGUGUGCAUAUGUGUCUGCGUGCAUGCGAGCAUGCGAGCGACCGUGUGUGAGCGAGCGUGUGUGUCUGUGUGCUGGUGUGUGCGCGCGUGUAUGUGUCGGGUAGCCAACACACUCUUCACAUUCGCUCACAACAUGGCGAUGAAGCGCCGACCGACCGCACGACGCCUCUCUCCCCUGUCGCUACAGUGUUGUACCUAGGGAAAGCGGGUGCUCCUCUGACAUGACAUUACAGCCGGUGCAAUAAUUUGAAGGACGUUUAUCCGGAUUCCAUUAUAUGCCUGCUUAAAGCUAGCUGGCUCUAGAAAACCCCACGCAACGCGCUUUUGGAAAUCAAAGGCUUUUCAUGGCGGUGGAGGAUCUCUGGAUUUUCUGUCUACUUUUACUGGGGUUCUGCGCUCUGUCUGUCCAAGAGAAACCGUUGUGGGUGGAGCUGAGUUGCGGGGCGGGGCCAGUGCACGCGGUGCUGGAGCCUGGUUGGCCGCUGCUGCUGGAGUGUCAGCUGGGGGCGUCGCCGGACGAGGAGGCCACUGAGGUGACGUGGCUGAGGGACGGCGUGGAGCUGCAGGAGGGCCCUGCACUGCGCCUUCUCUCCAACGGCUCGCUGCUGGUGGCGGCGCCGCCUCGUGAUGCCAGGGCGCCCCCUGUGGGCCUGGAGGGCGGCUACAGCUGCCAAAGGGCUGACGCCUUCGGAGCACUGACCAGCCGUGUGGUCAACCUGUCCCUGGCGAGUCUGUCCCGUGUGCAGCGGGACCCAGAGGACCAGGUGGUGGCGGCGGGCGGAGCGGCGCGGUUUGAGUGCCAAGUGGAGGGACUGCCCACACCCAUCAUCACCUGGGAGAAGGACCGGACGCCCCUGGAGCCCAGCGCCAGGUUCAUCUCUCUCCCCAGCGGGGUGCUUCAGAUCCUGAGUGUGACGGACGAGGAUGCCGGUUCCUACCGCUGUGUCGCCUCCAACGCCGCACGCAAGAGAUACAGCCAGGAGAGCACACUCACCGUCACUCCAGCAGGUCAGUCUUCACUCUCUACCAAAGUGGAGUUAGUGGCACGUCCCCAGAACUCCACUGUGAUUUUGGGGCACCCGGCAGUCAUGGAGUGUAUGGCACAGGGGCACCCCAAACCUCUGGUGUCCUGGAGCCGACUUGAUGGGAAACCCAUAGCCACGGACGUGGUCGUCUUGGAAACCAACCUGGUGAUCCCGGAUACGCGGCGACAUCACGCCGGGGUAUAUGUGUGCCGCGCCAACAAGCCCAUGACCCGCGAGUUUGUCAGCGCCCCUGCUGAGCUACGCGUGCUAUCCCCUCCUGUUAUCCUCCAGCCCCCAGAGACGGUGUCCCUGUCGCGGGGCAACACGGCACGCUUCGUGUGCAACAGCUCGGGUGACCCGCCCCCUGCCCUGCAGUGGCUGCGUAACGGUCAGCCGGUCCAGCCCAAUGGCCGCGUGAAGGCCCAGAGUCCCGGCGUGCUGCUCAUCAACCAGCUGGGCCCCGACGACGCCGGCUACUACCAGUGCCUGGCCGCCAACAGCCUGGGCACGGCCUGCGCCACCGCCAAGCUGUCGGUCAUCGUGCGAGAGGGACUGCCCAGCGCACCGCGGCAGCUCCAGGCCACGCCUAUGUCCAGCACCAACGCCCUGCUCACCUGGGAGCGGCCCGAGCUCAACAGUGACCAGAUCAUCGGCUUCUCAGUGCACUACCAGCAGGCCUCAGGUUCAGAUAACAUGGAGUAUCAGUAUGCGGUGAACAACGACACGAUGGAGUACCAGCUGAAGGAGCUGCAGCCCCACACGGCCUACACCUUCUACGUGGUGGCCUACUCGCUACGCGGAGCCAGCCGCCCGUCACAGCCCGUCACCAUGGAGAUGCUGGAGGACGUGCCCAUUGCACCCCCCCAGCUGUCGCUGCUGAGCCCGUCCCCCACUGAGAUCCGAGUCAUGUGGCUGCCCCUAUCAUCCCUACAGAGCCGCGGCACCCUCACACACUACCGCAUCGACUACAGCACACUGGGACAAGGAGAGCGUGUGUUCUCCACAGAGGUGGGUGGUAACGAGACCCAGGUGACGCUGAGGGGGCUCUCGCCCAAUCAGAUGUACCGGGUCAGAAUGACCGCUGGAACCCGCGCCGGGUUCGGACCCACGUCAGAAUGGCACACACACCACACACCUGACCUGCUCAACCUCACAAUGGUGCUCUUUGCUCCCACUGAGCUGAAGGUCACAGCCAAGAUGCACUCCCUCCACGUCUCCUGGCAACCGCCACCCAAUCACACGCAGAUAUCGGGCUACAAGUUGGCCUAUCAGAUGCUGGACUCGGAAGAUGGGGAGGGGUCUGACAAGAAGAGGCUUCCAGUUCAGCCAAUCAAACUGCGCAAGAGGGUCAAAUAUCAUGACAUCACUGGCCUGGUCCCUGGGCGUGUGUACCAAGUGAAGGUGUGGGCAUAUAACAAACAAACUGAAGGCUACCCAGCU